UGGAAACUGCAACAAUUUUACAAUUGUCAAUUUGGCAUGUGCAUGGCACACAAGAAAAAGCUGGCUAGCAAUGGCGGCUGCCUGGCCUGCUGCUGCUCUCUCUUUGCAUUGCAAAGCCAGGCCCGCCAUCAUCACCUCCUCCACCACCAAGGGCGCCAAGCUCUCUCUUCUCCAUUCCACUCCUCCUGUCCUCCACCAUCCUCCUGCUCCAAAUCUCUAAUCAUGGCGUCCACCGCCGCCACUACCUUUCCCACAUCCAUUUCACCAUCAGCCGCCCCCCUUCUUCCUCAUCUCACCAUACCCCCACCUCCACGGCCAUGGCCGCCACCACACAGCUCCCCUUCCCCUUCCUGCUCCUCCUCCCGCUGCUCACAAUCACCGCCGCCUCCUCCGCCCCGCUCCCGCUCCUGGCCCUCCUCGCCCUCAAAUCCUCCCUCCACGACCCCGCCGGCGCGCUCACGCCAUGGACCUACGCCUCCGCUGCAUCCACAUCCCCCAUCGCCCGCUCCCCACCAUGGUGCUCCUGGCCGGGCGUCUCCUGCUCCACCGCCGACGCCGCCAUCGUCGGGAUCGACCUCUCCCGCCGCAACCUCUCCGGUAGCUUCUCCCCCACCGCCGCCGCCCUCCUCUCCCCGACCCUAACCUCCCUCAACCUCUCCGGCAACGCCUUCUCCGGCGAGUUCCCUCCGGCGCUCCUCCUCCUCCGCCGCCUCGUCACGCUCGACGUCAGCCACAACUUCUUCAACGGGACAUUCCCCGACGGGAUCGCCAGGCUUGGGGAUUCCCUCGCCGUCGUUGAUGCCUACAGCAACUGCUUCGUGGGCCCGAUUCCCCGCGGCCUUGGCCAGCUCCGGCAGCUCGAGCGGCUUAAUCUGGGGGGCAGCUUCUUCAACGGCAGCAUCCCGCCCGAGUUCGGGAAGCUUCGGAGCCUUCGCUUCCUCCACCUCGCCGGGAACUCGCUCUCCGGGCGGCUACCGCCGGAGCUCGGCGAACUGGCUCUCCUCGAGCGGCUUGAACUCGGCUACAACAGUGGCUACGACGGUGGGAUCCCGCCGGAGUUCGGCGGGCUGAAACAGCUCCAGUACCUCGACAUCGCCCAGGGUAACCUCUCCGGCGCGCUCCCGCCGGAGCUCGGCGGGCUCGGGCGGCUCGAAGCCCUCUUCCUCUUCAAGAACCGGCUCGCCGGCGCCAUCCCGCCGGCUUUGUCGCGGCUGCAAGCUCUGCGGGUGCUCGACCUCUCCGACAACCGGCUCACAGGCCCCAUCCCCGCCGGCCUCGGCGACCUCACGAACCUCACCACGCUGAACCUCAUGAGCAACUCGCUCUCCGGCUCGAUCCCGGCGACCAUCGGCGAGCUGGCAAACCUCGAGGUGCUGCAGCUGUGGAACAACUCGCUCACGGGAGCUCUCCCGGCAUCGCUCGGCUCCGCGAGCCGGCGGCUCGUCCGGCUCGACGCGUCGACCAACUCGCUCUCCGGCCCGAUCCCCGCAGAACUCUGCGCCGGCGGCCGGCUCGUGCGGCUCAUCCUCUUCGCGAACCGGCUUGAGUCCUCCAUCCCUUCGAGCCUCGCGAGCUGCGCGUCUCUGUGGCGGGUCCGGCUCGAGUCGAACCGGCUCUCCGGUUCAAUCCCGGCCGGGUUCGGGAAGCUCAAGAAUCUGACGUACAUGGACCUGAGCUCGAACAAUCUCUCCCAUGGCGGCGGCAUCCCUCCGGACCUCCUCGCUUGCCGGAGCCUGGAGUUCCUCAACGUGUCAAGCAACCCGGAGCUCGGCGGGGAGAUCCCGGAGCACGCGUGGCGGGCGCCGCGGCUGCAGGUGUUCUCCGCGAGCGGUUGCGGGCUGCACGGCGAGAUUCCGGCGUUUUCCGGGGGCUGCGCGAACCUGUACGGGAUAGAGCUGGGAUGGAACUCGCUGAGCGGCGCCAUCCCCGGCGAUGUCGGCGGGUGCAGAAGGCUGGUGAGUUUGCGGCUGCAGCACAACCGGCUCGAAGGCGAGAUCCCGGCGUCGCUCGAGUCGCUGCCGUCGGUGACGGACGUGGAUUUGUCCUACAACUUGCUCGUCGGGGAUGUCCCGCCGGGGUUCGCCAACUCCACCACGCUGGAGACAUUCGACGUGUCGUUCAAUAAUUUGUCGUCGAAGGCAGCGCCGCCGGUUGUGGGUCCAGGCGAGAUCGCAACGACGACGCGGCGCACGGCGGCGAUGUGGGUGUCGGCCGUGGCCGUGGCGUUGGCGGGGUUGGCGGUGCUCGCGCUCACCGCGCGCUGGCUGCGGUGCCUGGAGGAGGAAGAAGACGGCGGCGGCUCCUCCGGGGCGAGCGGCGGCGGAGGAGGAGACAAGCAGGGAGUGGGGCCGUGGCGGAUGACGGCGUUCCAGAAGCUGGGGUUCACGGCGGAGGACGUGGCGCGGUGCGUGGAGGUGGGCGGCGUCGUGGUCGGCGCCGGGUCUUCCGGGACGGUGUACCGCGCCAAGAUGCCCAACGGCGACGUCAUCGCCGUCAAGAAGCUCUGGCAGUCGCACAAGGACAGUGCUAGUCCAGAGUCCCACGAGGCGCCGACGAAGAAGAAGAGGGUGGUUGCCGAGGUGGAGAUGCUGGGCCAGCUCCGGCACCGGAACAUCGUGCGGCUGCUGGGCUGGUGCACGAACGCCGAGGGGACGAGCACGAUGCUGCUCUACGAGUACAUGCCCAACGGCAGCCUCCACGACCUCCUGCACCCGGAAAACGGGAGGAAGAAGACGAGCAAGGAGGCGGCGGCGGAGUGGUGGGAGACGCGGCACAGGAUCGCCGUCGGGGUGGCGCAGGGGCUGAGCUACCUGCACCACGACUGCGUGCCCGCCGUGGCGCACCGGGACGUCAAGCCGAGCAACAUCCUCCUCGACGCCGACCUCGAGGCCCGCGUCGCCGACUUCGGCGCCGCCAAGGCCCUGCUCCACGGCGACGGCGCGGCCAUGGCCAUGUCCACCGUCGCCGGCUCCUACGGGUACAUGGCGCCGGAGUACGCGCGGACGCUGCGGGUGGACGGCGAGAAGAGCGACGUGUACAGCUUCGGCGUGGUGCUGCUGGAGAUCGUGACCGGGCGGCGGGCCGUGGAGCCGGAUGAGUUCGGGGAAGGGUGCGGCAUCGUGGACUGGGCCAGGCGGAAGGUCGCCGCCGCCGGUACUGGUGGUGUGUGGAGCGAGGUGAUGAUGGAGCAGGGAAGCGGCGGUGGGGAAGGGGAGAGGGAGGAGAUGGCGGCGGUGCUGCGGGUGGCGCUGCUGUGCACGAGCCGGUGCCCGAGGGAGCGGCCGUCCAUGAGGGACGUGCUCGCCAUGCUGCAGCAGGCCAGGCCCGCCCGCAACUCUGCCGCCGCCAAGGCCAAGGCCGCCGAGCAAGUGCCGGCGUAGAUCGAUCGAUCGAUGAUGAGUUGAUUAAUUUAAUCGGAGUUUUAAGGCUUGAUCCUUGGACAUGCUCCCAUGUGUGCUAAUUAAUCAGGAGUAAAGUUCAUUUUAAACCA